GAACAGCAAGUGAACGGUUAAAGAGUACAUCGUAGUAUACUUUAUGUGUAUCGUCAAGACUUGGAUAAAAAUGUGGGGAAGAGUUAAUAUGGCAGCUCUGAUGGCAGUUCUUUUCUCGGUAUGCAUCCUCGACUCGGUUCGUUGUGAAGGAAGCAUUGCCGAGGUUGGUUCAAACGACAUAGAAGCGGAGAGUAUCCUGGAACGUGGUACUGCGUGGCUGUGGAGUCAGCGCGACAAGGAUGCCGGUUGGGGAAACGAUACUCAUCGAGUUUUGUUAGUUAUACGAUUGGGUAACCUGUCGCGAGAGGAUAACGUCGCACCCGCGAUACCUCUUGAAUUACAACUGAGUAGCAAGCAAAUGGAGCUGGAAAUAGUGCUUCUACUCUGGAGGCACAGAGAAAUUAAUUUUUCUCCGGUGCGAUUGGCGCGUUAUACCCUAACAUUAAACGCCAUGUGUACGGAUCCGAGAGAAUUUCAUGGCCACGAUCUGAUUGGAACGCUGCAACAUCACGAACCACCCACCGACUAUGAGUUUGCUCUUACAACUUUGGCGGCGUGUAACGCGCAAGCUCACGUACGAAAGCGAACGAUACGUCGGUUACUGGAUAUCGCGAACGCUGCACAGGAUCAUAACGUUGAUACCGUCGCGAUGGUGAUCCUAGCAUUGAAGUGUAUCGUUCAGGAUCACAGACACCGUAAUCUUCAUCAUUUCGUGCGUAAACCGUCGAUCGGUUUAGCGCAACAGCAAAGAUUGGACGGUAGUUUCGGUGAUUUACGAACAACGGCUCUGGUAAUGCAAGCUCUCGAGGAAGCGGAAAACGAGCCCACGGAUAACUGGAAUCGAUCCGCCGUUUUGGCAUGGUUAACCAGCCAGCAACGAGCCGAUGGUUCUUUCGGGGGUGACGUUCGCGCGACUGCCGAAGCACUUCUUGGCGUGACACCGCGCGGUUUGGCGAGCAUCAGGACUCUCGAUUGUGGUCAAGGACUCGCAGAUACCUCACCACCGCGACUCACUACUACUGUCGGUAAUGGUAACGUCAACAGUAAUGAGCCAACAAUUUCGAGUAAUCAUAGCGAAACGAUCGCGUCAGCUACGGUUGGAAGCAACGGAAAUCUAGCGAGUGUUGGGAAUGGUGACGGUACGUCUGGAAAUAAUGGAAAUAAUGGGAAUAAUGGGAAUAAUGGGAAUAAUGGGAAUAAUGAGAAUAACGGGAAUAACGGGAAUAACGGGAAUAACGGCAACAACGGCAACAACGGCAACAGGGGAAACAUCGUGGGGAAUCUGUUCAACGCGAGUAAUACGGAUAACGGCAUGAUCGUUGGUACCACAGCGCCGAUCAUGGUGAAUGUUUCUUACACUCUGUGGGUCGGCAGCAACGUGAACGAGACGUACAAUUUGACGGUGAACGCUCCUAAAAACGAAACCUUUUACGAGGUAAUGCUUCUUGCCGCAGAAAUGUCACCGCAUUUUCAGUUCAUUGCAUCGGAAUGGCCGAAUGGGCAUUACGUCCACACGAUAGCCGGCUAUAAGGAGGAACCAAUGUCCUAUCACUACUGGCUGCUCUAUCGACUCACUACACCGCCUGAUCCGUCUAUGCCACCGGGCAAUCAACUGGUUGCCCCCGGAGGUGUCGAUGAUCUGCAAAUCAGCGAGGGCGAACAUUAUCUCUUCUGGUAUAAGAAACUAUAAAGAGCAACGAACCAUCGACGUUUAAUCGAAACAGUUUUGAAACAUAGACGAAGAAAAUAUCGCGCGAGCGUAACCGAACAAACGGA